CGUAGAAGGGUCAGGGCUUUUUUUUUUAGCGUCACCACGGCGGCCAUCCACCACAGGAAUUUCCAAAAUAAGCGGAGAGGCUGUGCAGUGACUCCAUCGGCAUUCUCUCGACCUCCCUCAGUCGGUUGACGCUUGGAGAGUGAUCCUCUUUCGGUGGUCCGCAGGGGCAAUGGCGACGGCUCUGCUCCUGCGAUCCUCCAUCGUCCUCCGGAGGCCUCUCCUCCGCAGCUUUUCCUUACAUGCCAAUCAUCCACCAUCGUCAUCGUCGUCGCUGCUUCCCCCCUUUCCCGCCUCCAGCUACCGCUCUUUGGUGGCUCCCACCCGUCGCUGCCGCUCCCAUGUCGUUGAUGGGUGUACACGCCGGGGGUUCAACGUCAGGGCAACCCAAGUUUCUGGUCCUGGCUCCAUCGACUCGCCGAUGAUGAAGGCUAUGGAGACGAAGAUCAAGGAGCAACUAAAUGCAGAUGAAGUCAUUGUCCGAGAUGCUUAUGGAGAUGGUCGGCAUGUUAGCAUUGACGUUGUAUCCGCUGCAUUCGAAGGACAGUCUGCAGUUAACAGGCAAAGGAUGGUCUACAAGGCCAUAUGGGAGGAACUACAGACGACUGUUCAUGCCGUCGACCAGAUGACCACAAAGACCCCAGAAGAAGCUGCUGCAACCAGUGGGUAAUGCCCCAUGGCGAUUAAGAGGAUAGCUUUGACAGAUUCCUCUCUUCCUUUCUUACAUUAUUUCAUGAAUUAGAUCUCAAGUUUGCAACUGUUUUCAAUAUAAUCACGCAUAAGCAUGUGAUCAGUUGUCGUGUGGGACUUUCUUUAGAGGAACUUGCGUUAACACGUCAUUCGGGAUUGCACGACAUCUCCUUUUACCAAAUCAAUGUGGAAUUAUUUCCCACUCA